UUUUCUCUCAACCACCACCGCCGACAAUAUCGACAAGGACAGCAACAAUGGAUGACGCCUGGCAAUCACAAGAUAUUGCACCUUCUGGGAUUAGCAUUCCCACGCACGAGGCCAAUAUGAAUGGCGGACCUGCUGGUAGGGAGGAGCAGAACUGGAAUGGCAGUGCUCGCUCACCUGGCAGAGACCGUGGGGGUGAACCUCCCAGGCGCUCUAGCCGCAGCAGGAGCCCCGUAAGGGAUGACAGAGGUCGUGGAGGUGACAGCGGUGGUCACAACCCUGGAAACAAUCUUCAUGUUUCAAACUUGAGCCACCGUGUUGAUACGCGUGACCUUGAGGCGGCGUUUGCUAAAAUUGGCCGUGUCAAAAAGGCUUCGGUCAUGUACGACCCACACACCCGCGAGUCUCGUGGGUUUGGGUUUGUCACCAUGGAGACUUCUGAGGAGGCCGAUGCUGCCAUCACCGCGCUCAACGCGACUGAUCUCAUGGGGAAGACUUGUACCGUAGAAAGGGCCCGCCGUGGACGUGCGCGUACUCCUACGCCUGGAAGGUAUUACGGUCCUCCCAAGCGCCAUGACAAUGAGCGCCCAUAUGACCCGCGUCCUUACGACAGCCGUUAUUCCCGUGACUACGACGAUCGUCGUCGUGGAGGUCGCCCUGAUGAUCACCGAGGUGGAGGUGGAGGUGGUGGCGGCGGAGGUAGAGACUACGACCGUGGUAGCUACCGUGACUAUGACCGAGGAUACAGCGGGGGUGGUGGCGGUGGCGGCGGUGGACGCGACUACGAUCGUGGUGGCGAUCGUGGUGGCCGCGACUACGAUAGGAGAUACUAAAUGUACUCGCUCUGAACACGGACCAUUUCGCGUUAUGUUUUGCUUUCGUUGAUAUGUAUUCCAUAAGUAACUCUGGUGAAUUCAAGCCUGUUGCAUGAUGGAUCA